AUGGGCAUCUUUGGAAAACGUCGCGAGGCGGCUGCGGCUCCCGCCAACGGUCAUGCCAACGGUCACCACGGCGUUGCCAACAAGCGUCGCACCGCCGAGCCCUACACCAUGGCUCGCCGCCCUACCUUUGGACAGUGGCUCAAGGGAACGCUGAUCGACAUCAUCACCAUGAUUUGCAUGGGUGCCAUCGGCCUCGGUAUCUACAUGGCCCCUCCCGCCCCGAACCGCUCCUUCGCCGUCACCUUCGCCGACGGUGAGGUCGUCUACCCGCAGUUCGCCUACCCCCUGCGCAACGAGAUCAUCCCCAUCUGGCUCGCCGCCUUCCUCGCCUCCGUCAUCCCCAUCUGCAUCAUCCUCCUCAUGCAGAUCCGCAUCCGCUCCUUCUGGGACGUCAACAACGCCGUCAUCGGCCUGCUUUACUCCCUCAUCUGCGCCGCCGUCUUCCAGGUCUUCCUCAAGUUCCUCAUCGGCGGCCUGCGCCCCCACUUCCUCGAGGCCUGCCAGCCCGACCUGUCGCGCGUCACCGUCAGCCAGGGCGGCAUCGCCCGCGCCGGCUACAGCGCCGCCGGCUUCCAGUCCCUGUACGUCACCAAGGAGGUGUGCACCGGCGACAUCAAGGAGAUCAACGACUCGCUCGAGAGCUUCCCCAGCGGCCACACCACCGCCGCCUUCGCCGGCCUGGGGUACCUCUACCUCUACCUCAACGCAAAGUUCAAGGUCUUCUCCGACUACCACCCGGCCAUGUGGAAGCUCAUCAUCACCUACAUCCCCAUCCUCGGCGCCGUCCUCAUCGGGGGCGCCCUCACCAUUGACGAGUUCCACAACUGGUACGACGUCUUUGCCGGCGCCGCCAUCGGCAUCGUCUUCGCCUUCUCCGCAUACCGCAUGACCUACGCCGCCGUCUGGGACUUCCGCUACAACCACAUUCCCCUGAACCGCGGCCAGGCCUUCACCUACGGCGCCGAUGCCGAGCUGUACGAUGCCGUCUUCACCCGCAAGGCGGGCUGGGGCAAACGCGGCGCCGGCGGCCUCAUGCACGGCGGCGAGAAGCACCACGGCCACGGCCACGGCGCCACCACUGGCAUGCAUGGCGGCGGCGUCCACGGUGCUGGCGUCAACGACUACGGCGAGCCCGUCGGCUCCCGCAAGCCCGUCGGCUCCGGGUCGCGCCACCCCGACGCGAUGGUCUAA